ACGCAGCGCCGGAGCGCUGCUCUCUGCUUCCCCGCCGCCGCCGCCGCUCCUGGUUACGCCAGCCUGCCAGCCUGCCUCUCGCCCUCUUCCUUCGCCUCCGAUUCUGCGCACAGGAGCCCCACAGCCUGUCAUUCUGCACAGCACAGUUGUUUUUCUUUUUCUUUUUUUUUUCCGCUCGGGUCGGCGAGCGAGUGGGGGAAAAACACACACGGAGGCACACGCACGGGCACACGCACGCCCGGAGAGCCAGCCGGCCAGCCCGCCAGCCAGCCGCGGCGAGAAGAGCGGCGCGCCGGAGCCCAGUCCCCCAGCCCAGCAUGGCUUCAGGGGACCUUUACGAGGUUGAAAGGAUUGUAGACAAAAGGAAGAAUAAAAAGGGUAAAUGGGAAUAUCUCAUACGCUGGAAAGGUUACGGAAGCAACGAAGACACGUGGGAACCAGAACAUCACUUAUUGCACUGUGAAGAAUUUAUCGAUGAAUUCAACGGACUGCACAUCACGAGGGAAAAGCGAGCCAAAUCUGGGAAACAAGCCAACGUGCCCAAAUUUUUACGAGAAAGCCGGGGGUCAUCCCUUGACAAAAUAACGCACAGACCCUCAGACUCGGGGAAAAACAAAGGACUCUCCCAUAAAAGGAAGCGUAUGACCCCAACGUUUCAAAAGUCAAAAAAGAGCUAUGCGGCAAAGCCUGCAUCUUCAAACGACAGAGCUGCUAAAACGGUGUCAUACCGGACUACCCCCAGCGGCUUGCAAAUCAUGCCUCUGAAAAAGCCGCACAACGGCUUGCAGAACGGAGAUGCCACAUUUGAGAAGGAUUCUGCUCAUUUGGGGAAUGGCUCUCAAAAGGCAAUCGAGGAUUUAAAUGAACCUGAAGGAGAACCCAAUUUGCCUGGAGUAGUGGAGGCUAAUAACGAGUCGCCCAUCAUGAAUGGCAUCGGUUCUUCUCUUGCAAAUGGAGGCCUGAAUCUUCCUAGCACUGUGAAACGGAAGCUGGAGGGGGAAAAGGAUUACGUCUUCGAUAAGAGACUCAGGUACAGCGUGCGUCAGAAUGAAAGCAACUGUCGGUUUAGAGACAUUGUUGUACGCAAAGAAGAUGGAUUCACGCACAUCCUCCUAUCCAGUCAGACCUCAGAUAACAAUGCACUGACUCCAGAGAUCAUGAAAGAGGUCCGGAGAGCCCUGUGCAAUGCAUCUGCUGAUGAUAGUAAGCUGCUACUCCUCAGUGCUGUAGGCAGCGUGUUUUGUAGUGGCUUGGACUAUUCCUACCUAAUUGGAAGGUUAUCCAGCGACCGGAGAAAAGAAAGCACCAGGAUCGCUGAGGCUAUAAGGGAUUUUGUGAAAGCCUUUAUUCAGUUUAAGAAGCCCAUUGUGGUUGCCAUCAAUGGCCCUGCUCUAGGCUUGGGGGCUUCAAUCUUACCGCUGUGUGACAUUGUUUGGGCAAGUGAAAAGGCCUGGUUCCAAACGCCCUAUGCAACCAUUCGGCUCACGCCUGCUGGCUGUUCAUCGUACACAUUUCCACAGAUAUUGGGCGUUGCUCUGGCCAAUGAGAUGCUGUUUUGUGGAAGAAAGCUGACAGCGCAAGAGGCCUGCAGCAGAGGACUUGUCUCCCAAGUCUUUUGGCCGACCACAUUUGGGCAGGAAGUGAUGCUGAGAGUAAAAGAAAUGGCAUCCUGCAGUGCGGUGGUUUUAGAAGAAUCGAAAUGCCUGGUUCGGAGUUUCCUAAAAUCUGGCCUUGAAGACGUGAAUGAGAAAGAAUGUCAGAUGUUAAAGCAGCUCUGGAGUUCUUCCAAAGGACUAGAUUCAUUAUUCAGCUAUCUACAGGACAAGAUCUAUGAAGUUUGAAACUGUUAUAUGACUUGAAAGGAAAAGGGGGAAGAAUGUUCUGGGACAAAGGAGAUUUCAGGUGUCUCCGGGUUUGAGAUAAAUAAUACGAAAGCCAAAACCCAGAUCCAGCAAAUCCUCCAGGGGACUUUGUGAUGGCAUAUCUAACACAUCUGAGGUUGCACCAGUUUCCUUGUGAAUUCAGCAACUCUUCUGAGCACGAUUGGUUUUUCUUUGUCGAAGGAAGGGCAGAUGUUUUAACCCAGCCUUUGGCAAGAGUUGCAUCUGAACACACACGUGGCUGAGAGAAACAUACAAACAUCCAGAAGCACUAGUGGUAACCCUUUAAGGCACACCACCAAUCUCACUUCUUUUGUCUUCUUUAUUAUUAUUAUUAUUAAUAUUAAUAUUAACUAACUUAUUCUUGCUACUGUAAGCAACUUGUCACGGCAUCAGUCCAAAUGACUCGGUUUAGAACUCAGGCCUAAAUCAUAUUUACCUGGCUGGCCUGCUUUGAGAAGAUGACAAUACUUUUUGUCUGUUGGAACAUUAACAACAGAACACAUUGUAUAUGGGGGGGGGGGAUAUAAUUUAUCAUGGAUGAUGGCUGAAAGAAAAUAAUGUUGCAAAAAAAUCUUACCUGGAUUCCUCCCCCCUUUUGGGUGAAUUUAUUUAAUUAAUUUAUUUGUGUUUGUGUGUGUCUGUGAGUAUGGGGGGAGAUAUAUAUAUAUAUAUAUAUACAUAUAUAUACAUAUAUAUAUAUAUAUAUAUAUAUAUAGUUAGUUGUUGGCUUCGUUAUUAAUUAUCAUUGUAUUAGAUGGGAUAGGUUUUGCACAUGUGUACGAUCUCCCUGAUUGUCUUUAAACAGAGCUGCGCUAUGUGAGCAAAGACAUAGCAAAGACAAAAGGAAGUGAAUCAGAUAAUGUCAUGGACUAUUGGGGGCAUUUAAAAAAGGAAGAACUCUGUGAUUCAUAUUCAGGAAUUGUCCUCAGAGGUGGACAUUGUGUUUGAACCUUCCUUAAGGAAAAACAACAGAGUGCCGAAACUGUGAGUGUAACACAAAUCUUCUUGAGAACUUGAGGAAUAGGGCAGGGUGUACCAUUUUUUUUUAAUAACAAAUGUUUACUAUUUUUUCUAAUCAGCUGAACAGUAAUAACUCAAUUGCACCGACAUAGGGUACCAACAGAGCAUGACGAAUUCUGCUUGCUAUAGAGCAUAAAGGCUACCCAUCCUCCCAAGAAGUGGUAUAAUACUCUUAAGGACACCUUUCAAAAGCUGCUAGAAAAGGUUCUUGUGUUCCUUUUAUUUUCCAGCAAAUGAUAGCUCUCCGUUCCAUUAGAAAAAAAAUGCAGAAAGACAGAGCUUUCUUUUGGAGUACUCUGCGCUCCUUUGCUCUUAGAACCUGACUCCAAUACUUCCUGGAAGCACGGCAGAGAUUUUAACACCUUCCACCGUCUGUGAAGUCCCUGGAAAAGUAAUGGAAGAACAGUGUUCUUUUCAAGUUGGCAAGGUCCGGUCAAGGUGCAUUAGGAGGAGAACAUUUACAUGCAUGGGCUGCUUUAUGGGAUGGCUGCCCACCUUCUGGCUAUGAAGAUUGCAGAAAAAAAGAGGGAACAGAAAGUCAAAUAUCUCUAGGUUUAAGUUCAUUUCAUGAAUUGUGGCUUCCAUGAGUUUUCUGAACUUUUUGUUUGUUUUUCAUUUCUCUUUCUUUUUUUCCUCUGUAGUUGUUUCCAUUUAAGUUCAAUUUCUUAUUAGGUGUUAGAGCUUCCAAAUGGGAUAUUGAAUUCCUGGGGAUGGGAGAGACUUCCUCUGUUUAGUUUGAUUUUUUAAAUGCAUUUCAUUUAGCAGAACUCCCUCUGGUCAGGAAGUCUCUACAGAAUUCUUACAAAUCAGUGCACAGUCUGGCUUCAAGCAUCACUUUGAGGAAACCAUGUUCUUACCAGAAUGCAUUGGACAUAUCAACUAGGAUUUUCAGGCAAGGGGAAUGGAGAAUGUUUCUCUUCUUCUCCGCUACGGAUGGCGAAGAAUCUCAAUAAAUUCAUAAAUCAUUUGCUACUGGAGUCCGGCUGUUCUGGACUCAGGACUAAAAUCCUUGAAGUAUAUAAUACCAAGCAAAUGGAAAUCAUGGAAACAAAAUUCAUAGCAAAACAUUCAUUUAUUGAAAUAAUAUUUUUAUAAUUUUCAAAAUGUGGUACAGCCCCUCUUCCAGAAACACAUUUUCAUGAACUCGCAGGAAGACUUUCCAGCCCUGAAAUGUGCUUUGAGCGGAUGGAAUUCUUGGGAUCCUAAACUUCUGGAUUUCCAAAUAUACCUGAUUUUGAAACUUUAAUAUUUUUUUCAAGGUAUUCUUAUUUUUACAUUUUCCUGGCCAAUAAGGAGUUGAAACAGGCUGAAUAUAAUUCCUUCAUAAAAUUCUAAAUCUUACUUUUUAAAAAAAAGCAUCAAUAUGAUUAUUCUAAUUUCAGGGGUUUAAGGUCAGUGAUUAUUUUAAAAAGGAAAAAAAAAGCUUCCUCAUCUAGUUUUAUCUUUCCAGCAUCACUUGAGUAUUUAGCUAUAUAGGUGUGCUGUAUAUACUGGGUUGAAUAUCUUUAUUAAUAUUCACAGUAUUUAAUAAAAUGCAAAUUUGCUGUUAAGUAUGUUAUAUUAUUUCAUGUAAAUGUUUUUGUACAAAUCUUUAAAGAUUGCCCAGUUUUUGCAUUUGUAGAUAUGAAAAAAUAAGCAAUUCAUUUUUCUCUGUUUGUCUUGCAUGUGUGUGUGGGUGUAUGUGUGUGUGGGUAUCUAUAUGUGUGUGGGUGUGGAUGUAUGUAUACACACACAUACAUAUUGCUGUACAUAAAAUGUGUUAGUUGGGUGCCCUUCUGUUUCAAUGAAUAAGCUUGCUGAUUUUAAUACAGUAUAUAUUUUCAAAAAAAUAUAAACUUUUUAUAUUUCCGUGGUAGAUUAGGGUAAGCGUUUUAGGCAAUCUUUUUACACUAUGGUUAACUCUUCUUUUAAUCUCUAGUAUUCUGGGAUUGAUGCCAAUUGUUUUUCACUUAGAAUAAUACAUUGUUUUACUGUUAUUAAUAUAUGCAGGCAGGUUUUUGGUUUCCUUCCUUCCUUUCUUCCAGCCUUGAAAGAAAUGAAUUUGUAGAUUUGCUGCAUUUGUGAAUAAGCCUUACCACUAGUUUAAAACAAAGAUUGUUAACUGCCUAAGGAAAAUGAACAGUCAACUCUUUGGGGUGGCAGACUAUCAAGGAUUAUAACAUCCUUCCAUAAUCUGAGAACUCCAGGAGUUGUAGGCCCAAUGCAUCUGGAGGAGAUGGGGUUGCAGAAGGUUGGGUUAGAAGAUCAGAUCCUGCCAUGCAGACAUGAAGCAAGUGGGGACAAUUCAUAUUGAAAGCUUUCUACCCCAAAACUGACCCCUCUUCCAAGCAUAAUUUUUCUGCGCUUCAGGUUCUGGACUUGGAUCCACCUGUAGAAAACUUGAAGAGGGGUGGUUUGAGGGAGGAAAAUAAUGUUAAAUGGAUUUAAUCUCCAUUACUUGUGAUGACCUUUUAAGAAACCCCCUUUCCUCCAACAGCUGCAUUCAGACAGUUGGCAAACUUAGAAUGCAGGGCCUUAAUUUUUUUCUAGUGAAAAGGAGAAUACGGGUUGUACUGGUUGUAUGUACAUGUGUUCUUUUCAAACAUAGUCAGGCUCUUUAGCAUGGGCUUUGUUCUAUAGUCAGGGAUGGGAGCCUCCAGCCCAUGGGUCUAAUCUGGCCCACCUAACCAACCCUAAUCAAGCUCAGGUUCUUUGGGUGGCUCAAUCUAUGAAAGUCAAACCUGGUUGAAGCCAACUCUCUCUAGGAGGCCCUAAAGUUUACAUAAGAGAUGUAGAGACAAUCUGAAUUGUGCAUUUAAAUGCUCCACAUCCUGGAUGUAUUAUCUCUGUUUACCCUAUUAACAAUAUGUUUUGAAGCCAUACUUAAUAUCUUUGCCACUAUUUCAAACAUGGACAAAGAAAGUCCUUCAUGUAAUUCACCGACAUUUUCAAACAGGAUUUGGGCUUCUAGGGAAUAAUACAUGUAAAUAUAAAGCUUCCAUUAAAAACAAUAAGGACCAAAGAAUUCCAUUUUCCCAAUCAUGCCUUUGGUUGUCACGUCCUGUUCAACAUGCAUUUUGUAUCAUUUUUUAAUUCAUUUUAGAGAAAGAAAAAGGGGCAAGGUAGCCAGAGUAAGUCUAUCUGGUGAAAAAACAAUGGAAAAAGGAAAAUGAAAAAUAGUUAUAAGUGAUGAGGUGUCUAUUGGUAAGGCUUAUUACCAAACUCUGAAGAUAAAGCAGGUAACCAAAAAAAGAGAAAAGAAUUAAAAUAUAGAUGUUUUCAGAUAUGGCCCAUAAAUUAUUUUGUUGUCUGAAUGUCAUGUUUCCAAUAUUUGUGAAGAUGGAGACUGCACAGUAUGACCAAUAUGAGGGUAUGGGGCACCCCUUGACCACAGUGUUGUAAAUAUUUCAGAAAUUAGUUAAGUACUGAGGGAUGCAUAUCUUCUGAUAUAUCUGAUAUAGUGACUGUGUAGAUCAAAUUGUACACAACUUAUUUGUCAAUGGUCUUGUAAACUAGUGUAUCAACACAUUUUUCUGGGUGCCUUAGAAGUUGUAUUUUUCAUGUGUGUUAAUAUGCAGUAUUUAUACAUUGUGAGAAGCUGCUUUGAAUAAAAACAUUGAAACUUC